CGGCAACAUUGUAACAUUCUUUAGUUUAUGGAAGAUCGCCGCUUGUGACAGUUCGUGAGUGAAAAAUUGAAAAUUAUGAAGUAAAAUAUUUUCUAAAAUUAUUGUGUUUAAAUGACAGCAGGAAAAGAAACAAUGGGUGAGCAGCCGAUAUUCACGUGCAAGGCCCACGUGUUCCACAUAGACCCGAAGACCAAGCGAUCAUGGAUGUCGGCCAGUUCUGCAGCCGUCUCCGUCUCCUUCUUCUACGAUUCCUCAAGGAACCUGUACCGUAUCAUCAGCGUUGAAGGAACUAAGGCGGUGAUCAACAGUACGAUAACAGCGAACAUGACCUUCACUAAGACUUCCCAGAAGUUCGGCCAGUGGAGUGAUGUUAGAGCCAACACGGUCUACGGACUCGGGUUCGCAUCAGAACCGGAGCUUGGCAAGUUCAUAGAAAAGUUCCAAGAGGUAAAAGAAGCGAUUCAAGCGCAGCAAUGUGGCGCUACUGGUGGCAAAUCAGUUACGAACGGUAACAGUGGCGCCGCCACCCCCGUCGCCAGCGCCACCGCCAGCCCACUGCUCGCUGGUAGAGCCACUGGUGGGGAUGAGCCACCGCCCGCCGUGUCACCUGCUCAGGCCUUGCCCAAACCAGAGCCGGAAGAUAUGAACGUACAUCAGAGAGCGCAUUCCGUGUCCUCCACUCUACAGGGAGGUGGUUACGCUACAGUAGGUCGAUCGCCCCGCGGUCCCCUGGCGUCAGCCGGCGCUCCGGCCGUGAUCGACCCUCCUCCCGCCGAGUCCUCCGAACAACAGCUGCGGUACGAGAACGACAGACUCAAGCUCGCACUCGCACAGAGAAUGGAAAGUGGCUACGCGACAGUGGGGCGAGCUCCGCGCGGUCCGCUGGCGACCGCCGGCCCGCCCGCGGUCAUCGACCCGCCGCCCCCCGAGUCCAUUGAGCAACAGCUGCGCUAUGAAAAUGACAGGUUGAAGCUGGCACUCGCGCAGAGCUCAGCGAACGCUAAAAAAUGGGAGGUGGAGCUAGCUACGUUGAAGAGUAACAACCUUCGACUGACGGCCGCGCUGCAGGAGAGCACAGCCAACGUGGACGAGUGGAAGCGGCAGCUGCACCAGUACCGAGAGGAGGUGGCCCGCGCCAGACACUACGCUGGUAAAGGCGCGGAAGCCAACGAAGUGGAACAGCUUCGCCAGCGUGUCGCCCAAUUAGAGGCGGAACUAGCUCAGAAGAACGAGGAGCUAGCCCAGAUCACCAAGUCGAAGAAGAGCGAACAGGACGCAGAGGCUAAACUCGCUCAAAGUCAGCUGGAACUAGCUCUCGCCGCGCAGGACGGACAACGACAGGUCAUACAGGCACUCAACGACCAACUGGCGCGGCAACUUGAUGAGCUGAGCACAAUCCACCGCGAGAUAAACUCAGCGUUGCACACAUGAGACGCGGCCGCGGCUGCGCUGGCCGCCCCCGCACCGCCGCAGUACGCCGUCCCGCACAGGGAGCCCCGCGAGCCCCGCGACCCUCGUGAGCCCCGCGAGCCCCGCGAGCCCCGUGAGCCCCGCGAGCCCCGCGACCGUCGCCUCCCGCUACUGCUGCGUGCGCCGGAGCCAGCCUACGUGACGGUGAAGACCAAGAAAUGAAGAGUGCUCUCGGUAUUUCGCAAGGUGCACGAGUUCUUUUAAAUUAUUCCUUUUAAUAUGAAAGGGGAGAGUCGGUUGGCUUUUCAGUUUUUUUGGCGUCAAUGUACUAGUUUAUAUUCUUCGAUGUCAAAUGUUGUGGUAUGGUAUACUUUGUGGAUAUUUUAUACGUAGUUGUGUUUUGUAAACGCAAUUAUAAGAUGUAUUAAUGUGUCUAGUUUUGUUUCUAAGAAAAUUCCCCUGUUGAAUCUGGUGUGAGAUUUUGAAUUGUAUACAAGCCACACAUUGAUGCCUUGUUGUAAUUAUUUCUUGUCUCUAAAAUCAGCUUCUUCGUUUCAGUUUAAAACAGUAUGAAUAUUUAUAAGUAAUGACUUGAUUUCCUUCAUUAUUCCAAUGUUCUUUGUAAAUUAAGAGAAAAUGUUAUUGCUUAAAAUCUUUACUUGAAAAUGCAAUAUAAUUGCGAUUAUAAUAUAAAUAAAUGGUGCAACAACCGACGCUCCCUCCGUGGUUAGCUCAUCGAUAAUUUUAUUUAACGUUAGGGCACAUCACUAUUAUUCGUUUCACCGGUACCAAGUGUUGUCAUUGAUCUUGUCAUUUUUCAAAACGGUGUCAUUACGGUGUCAUUUUUGGUUUUAAGAUGUCAUUAGAAUGAAAAUUUGAAUUAAAUUAUGGCUUAUUCACGUAAGGCAACGUAAGGCACGUUUGAGGCAACUGCCCGUGACUAUGAGUUCUCAGUUUGCGUUGAAAUGUUGAGUUACCCUUUACAAAAGUUACGUGAGUAAGCCGUAAACGAUAAUUAAUUAAAUAUUUAUCACAAGAAAAUCAAAUUGUUAUAGGAGUACAAUGCCACAGUAUCUAAAUACAACUCCUAAAUAUUGAGAGGUGCGAAUACGAGUUUGAACGUAAAACUAUCAUGAAGGUUCUUGGUUGGGUCAUAAUGAGUUACCGCUAGUGAAGAAUAAGACCACUGUUAACUCGAUUAGUGUUCCAUAGCUAACUGACUUCUUUACUAACUUACACCACAUUAGAAUUACUUAUAUGAGAAGAGUGGGUUUGGAUAAUGUAAUCGCGCCUCUGCCUAACCGUUUAUGUGCUAUACAGUAUUAUCAGAUCUCAUCACACUGUGGCAUCAAACUCAAAUUCAUAAUUCACAACAUUUUUUAUUUAAAUAAAGUGACAAUUUCUUCUCGAUCUCAUCGAUAAAAAUCGAUUACGAAUGUAAGUUUAAUCGAUAUGCAUAGUGUCUUUUAAGUCUAUUAUAUCGAAACGUUUACAUCGAUAUUAGAGCUAUGUUCGUACUAUAAUCCGAAUUGAAGAUCAUUCAUUCGUCACAGGAAUAUCAACCUUCUGUCAUGUUUAAAUAUAAAGAUGGUUUUCGCGUAGCAAGAACUUGUUUGACAAAGUUUUGGGCUGUGAAAGGAAAAGUGGUUUUCGUACGGCAUUUUGAGGCGUGUAGGUAGCGAUGUAUGAAAUUGAAUGGUGAUUAUAUACUGGUGGAAUCUUUUGGAAGUCGUGUCAUGGUCUGAAGGCGACGUGUUGAAGUUUGUAAUGUCUAAGUGUCGAGUUGAAGUCACUUGGAAGUAAGUACUCGACUUGUUUAAUCCUCAUCUUUGUUAAUAUGAAAGUUCGUAAAUUACCCACGUUCAAAAUGGGAUUAUUAACAUGUAUUUAGACAUUGUUUUAUUAAGAUAUCAUUUUUAAUUCCGAAUCAAAUUAAUAAUACUUUUUAUUAAGCGACACUCGUUCUUUGUACACAAUUUUCUUUAAUCUAUUUAAUUUUGUAUAACUGUACAUAUUGGCAAAUAAUCAUUAAAAUAAUUCCGUUGUAAAGACUUCAAGUGUCCGAUUGUUUAGCCAAAUAUCUGUUAAUAGACACCAAAUUGUACGCCAAACACAUUAGUAGGAACACGACAAGAUUUGUACUGAACCGGUGCUUACAAUACUGUUUUAACCACUUCAGCAACCACCCCUAAAUCACCUCUUAACAAAAAGUUACUUAGCGUGACCGUAACUUAAUUCCUUACUUGUAGGUGGCACUUAUACGUUAGUGGAAAUCAAAAUGUCGUUAAGUGUUACCUGUCUGAGUGUAUGGGUUCCUUAAAAUUUAGGAGAGGUUGGUGAAAACGGGCAUCGCAAUAUUUACUUCAGUUUUCCAACAUUCUGUAGAAAUAUCAAAGAUGAAUUAAUAAAUGGAGUGCUAACUAAGGACGCUAACUGACAUAAGCGAAUGUCAAAAAGUUUGACAGCGUAUUCAAGUUGCUCCAUUUUUUAAGCAAUCCGUGUUUUUCCACCCCUUAGAUUUAAUAUAACGACAUUAUCAAACCAAGUCUAUGAUUAUUGAUAGUUUUUGAGUCAAUUCGAGUCAGUGAUGUCGACCCACCCCUAUAUCUAUGUAAAUACGUUCGAUAAUCGUGUGACAACGCGAUUCAAUGCCAAAAAUAAAUAAUUUAAUGUAUAUUUUAAAUGUAGAUUUUUAAUAUUGUAUUAUUGUGUAAGAAGUAAUAAAACUGGUUGCCCGGUGAAAUACCGAAUUUAAAAAAAAUGAAAUAAAUGACUCUUGGUUUCGAUAAUCGCCUGAUAGUUACAAUGAAGUGACAGGCCGUGCCAUGUCUUAUAAUAUACUAUAUGUGUGUAUAUUGAAAUAUUCCCUAAUUAAUAUUAAAAUAUGAAUUAAAAACUGUCGGCUAAUUCAACGCCUCAUCGGUCCCUUGAGGGAUUUUAAAAAAACAAUAUUAAAAAAGCUUCGAUUAAAAAAAUGUUUUUUGAAAGCGUUAAAUUUAAAGAAUAUUACGUAGUUUGUAAGUAUGUAUGUAUUCUACAGUAUGUAUGUUUAUUUAUGUUCCCGUUCGAUCUGUGAACCAAUUAUUUGGUGUACUAUGCAUUUGUUUUGUCUCGAAUACAUUCUCCAAUAUUGUAAUGUGUUAAGUAAGAUUCGAUAUUUUUUGUUUGUCCUGAGUGAAGGGGUACGCGUUUAAUUAACAAAAUUGGUCAUAUUUUAUGAUUUUCAUAGAGUUUUUCGAAAGCGUUUAUAUGUGUGUGAAAUUGUAUGUUUGUAAACGCACCCACGACAAGGAAGAAAAUCAUAAAGUGAGGCAAUUAAAAAAAAAACGUUACACAAAAUGUAUUUGACAAUGACGUCAGAUUUCUUUCUUCUGGUUUCUGUAAUCAUUGUGGUGCUUUAAUGACGUCAUGCUGAACUUCACCUAGCUCAGGUUUUAAAACUGGCCUUUGACGUAUUUUUAUCGAUAUCGAUGUAUCGUGUGAUGCCCUUCAUUCAAGACGUAAAUGGACAUAAAAAUAUUCCUAUCGUACGCUAGACUUAUAAACAUUUCCGUUUAACUUUCCUACUGUGUAGGUGUAUUCUAUUAAUAAAUAAACUAAUUAUUAAAUAAUAAUUAAUAAAUCGUAAAGUAAAAUUCCAAUCUCGAUGAUUUUUUAAUUAAAAAUAUUAAAUAUAUUCAUCCCUAGUGUAAGGUGUUAGUGAGACGCGCAAAAUUAUUUUGUUACAAUUUUUAAUUUAACAGAAAUUUCAUAAAAAUAUAUUUAAAAUUGCCAAUCCUCAUAGUUCCUUAGAAAAACAAAUUUCGUACGACAUAAUAAGAUAAUUUUGCGCAAAAAGUAAAUAUGUAUGAAAAGGUAAUAGAUGAAAAUCGACACCGGUGUCCGUCUAACUCCCAAACGUUGACGUAGAAUUUAAUUUCGACUUUAUUUCCUUUAAAUUUUGGUUGGUAUUGGUUUAAAAACCCUGUAAUACAUAGAUCCCUUAGCAAAUUAGUGAUUACACUUCGACGGAUAAUGUCAUCUGCAAUGUUUAAAAAGUUAUUUUAAAAAAGUAUUUUUGUUAGACUGUUGUUAGAAUGUAAUUUUAUUUAUUAGUUUUACUUUGUGUUCAAUACAUUUUUUUAUAAUAUUAGUAUUGAAAAAUAUGAGUUUUUGAAGAUUUGUAGGUGAGUAUUAUCCGUGCGAAUCAAUAAAAAAAAUUGGUAACAAAAUGAUAUCAUUAUAAAGGCUGAGGACACAAUUUUUAAGAUAUACAAUGUCUUCGAACAGGGUAACUUUGAUUUACUGUUGUGUGAAACUUUUUAAUAGUGGAAAACGAUGUUAUUCGAUUUUUGUCGUCUACCACAACAUUACACGAUUGAAUUCCGUAGCUCUUUACAAUCCGUUCUCACUGCGUCACGAGUGUGACGUCACGCCCUAAAUAGACCGCGAACAAUU